AUGACUGACCAACAACAAACAAGAAAGAUGGGAGGCAUUUUAGCGCUGUGUCACAACAUCAAAGAUCGUUUACUAACCAUUACAUUCCGUUCACAUAUCAUAUUGUCCAUACUAAUACGCAUUUGUCUAAUUAUCUAUGGCCAGUUUAUGGAUAAAUAUUCCGAGGUACCAUAUACGGAUAUCGAUUACAUUGUGGUCACCGAUGGAGCCAGACAAAUGCUGAGGGGCAACAGUCCUUUUCGACGCCACACCUACCGCUAUAGUCCCAUAUUGGCCUUUAUGCAAAUACCCAAUGUUGUGGUGUACCAUGAAAUGGGUAAAUUUAUAUACUCCUGCUUUGACAUUCUGGUCGCCCUGCUAAUCUACAUUAUAGUACGCAAUGAGCUACAAUCACAAUGCAAUAAGGCUGUGAAAUAUCUGUUAACUAAGUACGGACGAGGGUCACAAUUUUCUUCGAAAUUGAAUUACGGCGAUUCGGAUUCACGAAAUAGCCCAGAGAAAAUUGCCAAAGCGUCGGCCUGUUUUUGGCUUUACAAUCCAUUGACUGCUGUCAUUUCCACCCGAGGAAAUGGUGACAGUUUUUCGAGCUUUUUUGUUAUAUUUACCCUCUAUUUGAUUAUCAAAUCCGAUGACUGUAGCAAUAGUGUUAAGAAACGUAAUUGGUUGAUAUUUACAGCGGGUCUGAUACAUGGCUUUGCCAUACAUUUACGUUUGUAUCCUUUAUUAUUUAGUUUAGCUUACUUUUUGACAUUGUCCAGUAGAUUGGUGAAAUCGUUUAAAGAUUUUAUGCGCGUAGUUCUAUUUCCCAAUUUACAACAGCUGAUAUUAAUAGGUGGAACCUUGAUGAGCCUAAUACUUGUAACGGGUUUCUUUUAUAGACUCUACGGCUGGCAAUAUAUUUAUGAAGCUUAUUUGUAUCAUUUUGUACGCAAAGAUAUACGCCAUAAUUUCUCUUUAUAUUUCCUAAUGCAAUAUUUGGGUAGUGAUAGCAGCCAUGGUGUCGGGGGCUUACAAAAACUACUUAUUUUGGCACCUCAACUUAUUAUAAUCAUAUAUUUAAGCAUAGGUUUCGGACAAUUUCGUCAGACGUUACCAUUUUGUAUAUUCACCAUUGCCUAUACAAUGGUAACAUUCAAUAGCGUAGUAACAUCACAAUAUUUCAUUUGGUAUCUGGCCUUACUGCCACUUUGUAUUAAUAAUUUCCAAUCGAUGUCACUGCGACAAUGCUGUGGGUAUUUUGGAAUGUGGUUAUUGUUUCAGGGUCUGUGGUUAUUACCCGCCUACUUGUUAGAGUUUAAAUCGUGGAAUACCUUCUAUUGGAUAGGCAUACAGGGUGGUCUCUUUUUUAUUGUUAAUAAUUUUAUUUUGUCGCGUUUAAUAGAGAAUUAUAGCUUUACACCGUUUAAGAUAAACAUUAAGAAACUUUUCUAAAAAAAAAAAAAUAAA